AUGCGCCUAUAUGGAAAUCCAUCGUUUUUCUGUCAGCAAGGUCUUGAGAAGCUGAACGACUUUGUAACCAAGUGGUAUUUCCGAUCCUCAAACUUUGGGACGGAUGCACUCAAACAGAUGUUUAAAAUAAGAAAGGGCCAUCAAGUCAUGGGAUCGGGCUGGAUAUCAUCUGCAUUGCUGACAGCACUGAUUGCUAUCGUCGUCAGUUCGGUCUCAGCCCGAAUCUGUACUCUGAUGAUUGACCUAGACUUACGCGGUUGCGGCCAGCGCAUGGGGAGAUUUGUCCUGCCACAAGGCGAUCCUUGCACCUGUACAGGGGUCAGACUGGGCGGUCAUUACCACCGCUACGCGCCUGAGAUGCAGGGACAGGAUCCACCGUUGUAUAUGGACAUGCUGCCGGAGGUGACUGCUGAGGUUAUCGGCCGUUGGUUCAACUGCACUGAGAGCAAACUGGAGGAGUCAACGCUCGGAGUCAUGACACCAGUUUUCAGUACCACCCCUGAGCCGUCGAUGCCGCCUGCAGAUUGUCAAGAGAUCUUGGAAGCUGGUCAGAACACAAGCGGAGUAUAUACCAUCCGGCACAAACGCCAGAAUAUGCAGGUCUACUGCCGCAUGGAGUCGGGGAAAGGAUACAUAGUAUUUCAGAGACGCAUGGACGGCUCGGUGAGCUUCAACCGAACCUGGCAGGAGUACGCCGAGGGAUUCGGGGAUCUGACCGGAGAGUUCUGGCUGGGCAACCAGAAGGUGCAUAUUCUGACUUAUAACGGGGGACGGGAGCUGGUCAUCACUCUGAGGGCGUUUGAUGGGGAUGAAGCCCGUAUUCGUUAUGGGUACUUCAAGAUAAUCCCAUCUGAGUACAAUUACCUGCUUCGUAUCGGAGACUUCAUUGAGGAGAGUGGAGAUGCAGGUAAUUCACUCGGGAUUCAUCGUUACGAAGACUUCUCAACUCCAGAUAAAGACCAUGACAAAACGAACUGGGAAAACUGUGCUGAGAAAUUCCACGGAGGCUGGUGGUACAGCCGCUGCGGAAGCUACACCAGCAGGGACUUCAAGAGCAACCUGAACGGCUUGUACUACAACAACGCAGCAGUCGAUGAUUACAUGGGGAUGCAGUGGGUCACCUGGAAGGGUAAAAAUAUCUCUCUAAAAGGGUGUGAAAUGAUGAUACGACGCAGACCGUAACCGGUGAUGGAAAGGACCCAUAUUGAAA